GGGUUAUUUUCUGGUUAGCCGUAUAACCGGUUAAAUUUGGUCGGUUAAACGGUGCUGGUUAAAGUUACGGAUAUAAUAACCAGUCUAUAACCGAUUUUUUUAAGAAUAACCGCCCAUCCCUACGUGACAGUUGAUUGGUAUGACGUUUGACUGCCGCAUCAGGUAGUGAUGAGAAAAUACAUCGAUAGUUUCCAACAGCAUUGAUCUGAAGAUCUCUAUCUUCUUUUUCUGUCUGACAGGCUGAACUGCUUUCUUGAUCUCUACACGCUCUUGUCUGCUGCUCAAUAUCCAUGAGUCGGAACAAAAACAUGCUCUAUGAAACUGUACAAAGUAGCGUUACUUUUACAUUGCUCAUCUCUAGUCAACCAGCGCCGCCAACAUACAACAUUUUAGAAGAAAAAAGCUUUCAAUGAAAAUUGUAACCUUCGUCUUUUUAAAUCGUAUCAAAAUAGAAUCAUCAUGAAGACCACAAACAUUCCUAAAAUGAGCAAAACGUCGGCAGCUAAGCCUAUUCUCAACAAUGAAGGCAUGACCGAAAAGCCAAGAGCAGUAGUUAUGGAUGACAAGGCGUCAUGUAAGGAACUAGAUCAGUGGAUAGAGCAGUUGAAUGACUGCAAGCAGUUAACAGAAAACCAAGUAAAAACACUUUGUGAUAAGGCUAAGGAAAUAUUAUCGAAAGAAUCCAACGUGCAAGAGGUGCAAUGCCCGGUGACAGUAUGCGGGGACGUGCACGGCCAGUUUCACGACCUGAUGGAACUGUUCAGGAUAGGCGGCCGCAGUCCAGACACAAACUAUCUAUUCAUGGGCGACUAUGUAGACCGUGGCUAUUACUCUGUAGAAACCGUCACUCUACUUGUGGCGCUCAAAGUGCGCUAUAAAGAACGAAUCACCAUUCUCAGAGGCAACCAUGAAUCUAGGCAGAUCACACAGGUAUAUGGGUUCUACGAUGAGUGCCUGAGGAAAUACGGAAAUGCCAAUGUGUGGAAAUUCUUCACCGAUUUGUUCGACUACCUGCCACUAACUGCGUUGGUGGAUAGCCAGAUUUUCUGUUUACAUGGUGGGCUCAGUCCCAGUAUUGAUACCUUGGAUCAUAUCAGAGCAUUGGAUCGUUUGCAAGAGGUGCCGCACGAAGGUCCCAUGUGCGACCUGUUAUGGUCAGAUCCGGACGAUCGCGGUGGCUGGGGCAUCUCGCCGCGUGGUGCGGGGUACACAUUCGGCCAAGACAUCUCAGAGACGUUCAACCAUUCGAACGGGCUCACGUUGGUCUCCAGAGCCCAUCAGCUGGUCAUGGAAGGGUACAAUUGGUGUCACGAUCGCAACGUUGUGACCAUCUUCAGCGCGCCGAAUUAUUGCUACAGGUGCGGCAACCAGGCGGCCAUUAUGGAGCUGGAUGACGCGCUCAAGUAUUCCUUCUUACAGUUUGACCCGGCACCAAGGCGAGGCGAGCCGCAUGUGACGCGCAGGACUCCAGAUUACUUCUUAUAAAUCCUCAUGUAUGUCAAUCGCAAUAUUUCAAGAACCUGCUUAUACAUUUCUCUGUUCAAACGCAUAGCAGAUGACAAGUAUGUGUCGCUAUUUGAAAAACUCUUGUGUGUAUUAUUACAGAAAUUAUAUUAUUAAAGAUGGAGUUAUGUGUUAUUUAGGUUCUAAUUAUUAUUUUAUAGUGACUAAUGUUUAUAAGGGUUCAAGCCAGCGUUUACAGUCAACCCUAGACGGCAGAGGGUUGGUCAAACCUUUUAUUUUAGACGAACAAUAAUUUGACACACGUGAAGAUUACUUAACCCUCAAUGAGUCCUCGAAGGUCGACUGUGAAUGUGUGCCUUAGACUUGCAAAUAGAGGCUCUGACUUAGUACAACCAUCGAUUCUGAUUUCUUCAUCUGAUAAAAACCUUCAAAAAUUGACAAUUCCAACCAUGGGCGCCCGCAGGAAUUUUCCUCAUGGGCGAUAAUGGGCAAGAGAUAACUUCUUGUGGAAGUGUACCUGCCUCAAAAAUUUUUCCAGACGCAAAUACUAAAAUUAUACACGAAAUCGUGCUAUUUUAAGGUCCAACCGAAUUCUCAGGGGGGCACGGCCCUUACCUCCCCCCUUUGCGGGCGCCCAUGUUUCCAACAAAUUUACAGUUGUUCCUUAACCUGAGGCAUCCUGUGAGGACGACAUAUUUGCGUCGACAGUUUUGACAGAUGGGAAUGACAGGACAGCUGUCAAAUGUGUUUCUUAUGAUGGCGACUUUGCUAGGCCGCACACUUGAUAACUUCAAAGGUUUCUUCAUUUUGCUGUUUUUCUUAUGGAUGCAAGAAUAUACCCAUUAUGAUAAUAAAGGAUCUCAUACAUGAAAUGGCCUAUUUCUUUUAUAUUUGAAAAGUCUCAUGUCCCAGGUCUCAAGGAGCUAAUAAGAAUGAUAAUAAUAUUCUUUAUUGUCAGCAAAAUUUUAAAAGAAAAACAUAAGCAACGUUAAGUUGACUUAGGCGCUCAUUUAUAGGUGACCCUUAAGUGCUGAGUGUUUAAGUAUUGAUCAACCUUUGCAUUUUGAAUGAGUGGAGAUUUAGAGCGUUUUGUUUUGUUUAAAUUUGUGCAGUUUCCGUGUUUAAAACACUGUGCCCUGGUUCCUUUUUGCCCCCAAGAGAAGAUAAAAUAUUUCGCGUCUCGUCUGUUGAUGAACUUUCUUUUUGCUUCAUUUGCCUUUCUCGUGCGGUUAUGGUAAAUUUUCGAAGAGAAAACUAUAAGAAAAGUUGCUUUAAAAAAAUGAUGGCUCGCAAAGCCACAAGUAAGAGUUGCAAAAUAUGAAUAUAUACACUGGUUUUCUCAGGGCUUAAAAAUUUGCACCACUUCAACAUUAGAAGAAAAAAAAAUGCAUUUUUUUACAACAAAAAAAUGAGAUCAUUGUUUUCUGGUCAUCUCGAUACACACCAUGUAAUUAUAAGAUGAAAAGGAUUUGGAAUACUUCUGCAAACAGGAAGUUGAAAUGGAAUUUAAAAAAAGGAUGUGCCACCUUAAGGGCCGACUAUGAAUGCGUCCCUAGUAAUUAUAACUUUGGUUUAAACCUUCAUUUUUGAGUCUCCAUUUGCUGGUCUAGCUCUAACGUAAUUUCUGAUCUAGAUGCAAGAGUUUUUCGCCAAACAAACCACCCGAUUUUUUCGUCGGUAAUACUAAGAAAUAUAUUUGUCCUGUGCGACCAAAAGAAGCAGACUAUUUACAACCUUAUAUAUUUACUACAUUGUAGGUAUUUUAUGCAUGAAGUUAGUAUAUAAUAUACUCGGUACUCAAUGUCUAAUACAUGAUGAAAGCAUUUCUGUUUGAGUUUUAAAUCUUCAUUUAUCGUGCCGCACUACUUUUCAUCUAAUAUACAGAUUUUGUACAAGUUUGUUUCUCAAAAAACGUUCGUGUUGUCCCAAUUGGCAUCCCUUGCAACUUAUUUGUUUACAAGAUUUUCCAAAAAAAAAAUGCUACUGAAUAAAGUUUGUAUGGCCAGCGAAAAUGAUAGUCGUUUCCCGAUUCCAAAUAUACUUUUUAGGUUAUUAACCUAUCGUGGUUGUUUAGGUUAUGGGCCCAGUAUAAAAAACCUUUCCGCAAACGUCCCAUCGCUGCGACCUGUUACUGGUCAGACUUCCGAGGUUAUGAACCUAUAUUUUUUUGAGGUUAUGGGCCCAGUAUGAUAAAGGUCCCAUGUGCAACCUGUUAAUGAUCAGACCUUUGAGAUUAUGAGUUUGGUGUAUCAUAUCGUUUUUUGAUGUUAUGGGCCCAGUAUGACCAAAAAUACUAAUGCAAAGUUUUUUAUUUACAAGGUAUCCCAGAAAAAUGCUAGUGAAUAAAGUUUGUUUGAAUAGCGAAAAUAAUCGUUUCCCGAUUCCAAGUAUAUAAAUGGUUUAUCGUAGUUUGGUCAAAAAGUUGUUUUUUUUACAGGGAAGGUUUUAAAGCCGCCCAGGCAGAAAAGCUGGUAUAAGACCAGAUACAUGACACAUAAAAUAUAAAUUUUGACUAAACUGGAAUCAUAAAAAAGCAACUAUUGUUUUCAUUAAAAAAAUAUAACUUUAUCGGUAGCAGUUUUUUGAGGCAAAAAAUGUACUGCAAAUAGACUUGUAUAAUUUUUUUUUUCUAAAAGGUCAUACAGAAAAAUUGGAGGGAGAGUCAAUUACAGUGAGACGCUGAGAUGCUAUUCGAAUUAGGUUUUUUUAUAGGCUUCACGGGAACUUGUAUUACAACAUACUAACUGGUCCAAGUUUUCUAAGGCGCCAUAAACGUCAUAAAUAAAAUAUUUUGACUAUGAAUAAUAAUAAAUCACAUUAUUUCUAGCCAAAAUAUCAACUGAUACAAGGUGGUUGAAAGAGCAAUUGCAAUAUUUCUAGAAGUAGAAGUACAUCCAAAAAUAACGUGGAAAGUUCCCAUCAACACGUCCGGAAAUGUCAGGGUGUUGAAAAUUUCUAUGCCAUUUAUGAGACUCGUUAAGGACAAAACGUGAAUAUUCUUCAAAUAACACUGUGGUGAAGGGUGGUAGCUUCCCCAUUAUACAACAUACCUUAUCUUUAAAAACAAUAAUUUUGCAAAAUGUGUUUCUUUUCCUAUUGGUCAAAACAUACCAGUUUCUUCGUCACUGGUGAGCUGCAUUUUUUUAUUGAUUUAUGGCCCUUGUUUAUACGAAAUAUCCAUACUAUUAUUGGACCUGUUUUCUGGUCUAGAAAUAUUGCUAUUUUUUAAUCACCCUUUAUAAAUUGACAUAGUUCUGCGGUAGACUUGAGAGCGAUAAACGCAAAAAUAAAGUUGAUAAAUGUCAAUAAUGAAAUGAAAAUUGACUUCAGCUGAUAGCUUUGAGGCUUGAUUUGAAGUGAGAGGAAGAUUAAUUACAAAUGCUUUUUGAAAAAGAUGUUUUUAAUUUUUGUUCGAAAAUGAUUCGUAAACAUUCAGCUUAGUGUUUUUUAACGCGCAUUUUUACUAUUGCCGCAACUGACAUGAAAUUGUUACUAUUUUUUAGGAUGUGCGUCGUUUUAGUGCAUUUUCAUUAUGUUUCAAGACUGUUCAAUUGCCCCCAUAAAUAAAUUUAUUUCUAACAGA